CAUAUCGCGGGCCAAGAUAUAUAUGAAGCCCUAGCAGACGGUUUGAUAUUGUGCGGCCUGAGUCAAGUGAAGUCAGCAAUUUCUCCUUGCCCAAAGGCCAGCGCGUUCGAAAAUAGGAACGUACUGAGAUGACCGAACACCGGGUCACCUUGAGUGAUGGAGCGAGUCUUUAUGUUAAACUCUAUGGGGAGAUCUCCUCCACCAAGCCUCUCUUGAUAGCUCAUCACGGAGCACCGGGAUUAUCGUCGCAUAGAGAACCUGAAGGGUCAUUCGGCUUCCUGCGAUCGAAAUUCAGAGUCCUUGUCUACGACGCGAGAGGUAGCGGAAUUAGCGAUCUGAAAGGCCCCUAUACUCAUGAACGAUGGAUCGCAGACAUUGAAGAAUUAAGGAAAUGGGCAGGUGCUGAGAAGUUUGUCCUCGCUGGUGGCUCGUAUGGUGGUUUCAUUUCGCUGGAUUAUGCUUUGGUUCAUCAGGGCAGGUUGCUUGGCCUAGUUCUACGUGACACCUGGACCUGGGGGACGCGAGGAAUGAUGCAAGCAUUGAAGGCAUGUUUGGUUUCCAAAAGAGUCAAGGUAGAUCCAGAACGCCAAUUCCGGAUGUGGACAGGGAUCCUUCGUGAUGACGAGGAUUUCGCAGAAGGAGUCGCCGAGAUGACAGCUCUAUUUGCGCCGAACAGUCCUAAUAUUGAUCCACACGCCGAACAAGAAAAUACACCCAGGAGAGGAAACAUCCACGCGGCGACACAGAACUUUGCUUUCUCCCGGAACAUGCCCAGGUUCGAUGUCCGCUCCAGGCUUUGGGAAGUUGAGGUUCCCACGUUGGUGGUCGUUGGGCGUCAUGACCUUAUCGCACCACUCUCUUUCAGCGAGGAAAUUGCGCAAGGCAUACCCAAGGCUAAGCUAGUCAUCUUUGAACGAUCGGGUCACAAUCCAGCACACGACGAACCUGAAGCAUUUCAGGCACACAUCAGCGAUUUUGUCUCCACCCUGCCAUCAUAGCCAAAAAGCGUGAUGAAACUAUUCUAGCUAUCUCUCUCGACCAGCAAACAGAGUGCCUUCUUCAAUGGAACCUUCAUAGAGAUACCAUCAGUAAUUACCUUGUUAAGAAAGGAAGGUGUUUUAGUUAACUGCGAUAAGAACAAUUAUAACAAUAAUG